ACGUGGCGCUGCGCUGCGCGGCACGCCCCUUUGCGUCACGCGGUCGCCAUGGCAGCCGAGCUAGAGCCGGCCUCGCUCCCUUGCCGCCAUCUAGUGGCGUCCGCUGGAAAGACAGCCUUUUAUCCCGAAGAGAUGAUGAUGAUGAUGAUGAUGAUGAUGGUGAAAGGGGGGCCUUGACGUCAUCAUCGCCGGCCAAUGGAGGCCAGAGAGCAGGAAAUCAAGUGGUUCGAGUCUAGCUGCAUCCAUGUGGCCGCCCUCAUCGUGGGCGAGUGUGCCCGAAAUCCCAGCCACUGGAGUGCCAAGCACUCCCUCGACCAGUGGCUGCAGGAACAGGGGGUCCCAGGCCUGGAAGGAGUGGACACACGAGCGCUGACCAAGAGGAUCCGGGAAAAGGGGACUUUACUAGGCCGACUGGUGCUGGACGGCAUCCACAGUCCACACCUGCCCUUUGAGGAUCCAAACCAGACACACCUGGUGAAGGAGGUCUCUGUGCAACUGCAGCGCAUCACCCUUCAGAGGAGAGAGGCCACCUGGGCCAACGAGUGA